GUGGGAUUGUGGGAAACGUAGUCCUUAAGCUCGCAGGUGGUUUAAACGCUUGUAAUCUGUGAUUUGAAGGCAGCUGGAGGGGAUAAAGCCUAAACAGUCAUCCUGUUUAGGAGCCCGGUGGUCUGUUAUUACCAUCUCCUUAGAGGCGUGUUGGCGUAAAAAAGACUACAGAAAGCUCAAAAAGGCCUUGUAUUGAUAGCUAAGCUAAGCUAAUCCCCAGCAUGGUGAAGGCCCUGAAGGAGCUCCGCAGGUUCCACCUGGAGAAGAAAGCUGUGGUGGUUAAUAAGACUCAGGUCGUGUUGGGGAACCUUUCCUGGCCCAAAGACACGAAAACUAAGUUUGCUGUGAGCGGGUGUGAUGAGCGCUACACUCUGGAGUCGGUGGUCUUCCUCCUGCAGAACGCUAACCUUCAGCAUGACCACUAUCUGAGACGAGCUGCGAUCCAGAAGAUUCCUGCAGUGAAACAGGCAGACAGGAGGAACAUCCUGGCCUACCUCAACGGAGAACCCGCUAAGAUGAAAGGCUCCUCCACUCUGACCGUGGGCCACACAAAGACACGUCCAGUGAAGCGGCGCGCUGAUGAAGAUUCCCCCGCCGAUGCGAAGCGCCCACGCAGAGAGGAUGUACGUGGAGUGUGUGAUGGCGACAGAAGCUCCAGAUGUGUCAGGCGUGAGACCCUCAGCCGCAGGUAAGUCAACAGCCUCCUCUGUCUGCUUCUUCAGCUGCAGUGGAGGCUCCUCUCCUACCCUGCGUUCACACCGGCAGCGACGCGAUUUUCAAUGAAAGCUGGUGAUUUCUGGCAACAGGAGGCAGUGCGAACGUUGGUGAUGCGAACGUUGGUGAUGCGAAGUGGGCGGAGU